GAGAUGUUCCUUCAGGAAUGCCGGCUUUCUCUGAACGACACUAUCGCUAAGCGUACUGGCAUGUUGUACAGGAAUAUGGGGAAAUCAGGUCUGCGAGUCUCUUGUGUGGGAAUAGGGAGCUGGGUCACACUCGGGUCUCAGAUCUCAGACGAGGCUGCUGAAGAAAUCCUGACCGUUGCCUACGAGAAUGGGGUCAAUCUGUUCGAUACCGCGGAGAACUACGCUUCUGGAAGGGCUGAGAUAACGCUGGGAAACAUUAUUAAGAAGAAAGGCUGGAGACGGUCCAGUUUUAUAAUCAGCACGAAACUCUACUGGGGAGGACAGGCGGAGACCGAGAGGGGACUCUCCCGCAAGCACAUCAUCGAAGGACUGAGGGGCUCACUUGAGCGUUUACAGCUUGAAUAUGUCGACAUUGUCUUCGCAAACAGGCCUGAUGUGCCUGUCUCAUCAGAGGGUCAUUACAGCCCACGAUCGAGGGUCUUCUUUGUGGAAGAGAUCGUCCGCGCCAUGACCUUCCUCAUAAACCAGGGGAAGGCGAUGUACUGGGGAACAUCUCGAUGGACCUCAGUGGAGAUCAUGGAAGCUUACUCCAUUGCCCGUCAGUUUAACCUGAUCGCCCCAUCCUGUGAGCAGGCUGAGUACCAUUUCUUCAAGCGCGAUAAGGUCGAGGCUCACCUUCCUGAGCUCUACCACAAGAUCGCUGAAUCUGAUCUUCCAAAAUGCAUCAACUAG